AUGGCAGCUCCAACCAAACGCCAGCCUUGCAGAAGACUGGUCCUGCUGUGCGUGCUCCUGAGGACGCUGUGGGAGGCCAGGGCCAGUCAAAUCCGCUACUCGGUGCCCGAGGAAAGAGAAAAGGGCUAUAAUGUGGGGAAUAUCUCCAAGGACUUGGGACUGGAAACCCGGGAGCUGGCAGAUCGCGGAGUCCGAAUUGUCUCCAGAGGUAGGACGCAGCUUUUCUCUUUGAAUCCACAAAGCGGCAGCUUAAUCACUGCGGGCAGGAUAGACCGGGAGGAGCUCUGCGCCCAGAGCGCACGGUGUCUGGUGCACUUUAAAGUCUUGGUUGAAGACAGCGUAAAACUUUACGGAAUAGAAAUAGAAGUGCGUGAUAUCAACGACAAUGCACCAAAAUUUGAGGCUGAAAAUCUGGAAGUAAAAAUUAAUGAACUUGCUGCUCCUGGAGCUCGGUACCCACUCCCAGAAGCCAUUGACCCGGAUGUGGGCGUGAACUCCCUGCAGAGCUACCAGCUCACCCCCAGUCACCACUUCUCCCUGGACGUGCAAACUCGAGACGAUGGAACCUUAAACCCGGAGCUGGUGCUGGAGCACACUCUGGACCGAGAGGAAGAGGCUGUUCACCACCUGGUCCUCACCGCCUCGGAUGGCGGCGACCCACGUCGCUCUAGCACAGUGCGCAUCCAGGUGACAGUGCUGGAUACAAACGACAAUGCCCCAGUGUUUGCUCAACCGAUUUACAGAGCCAAAGUCCUUGAGAACGUGCCACCAGGCACCCUAUUGCUUACAGUAAGAGCUAGCGACCCGGAUGAGGGAGCCAACGGAAAAGUGACAUAUAAAUUCCGGAAAAUCAAUGAAAAACAAUCUCCCAUAUUCCAGCUUAAUGAAAAUACUGGGGAAAUAUUUGUAGCAAAAAGUCUAGAUUAUGAAGAAUGUUCAUUUUAUGAAAUGGAAAUACAGGCUGAAGAUGGUGGUGGAUUGAAAGGGCGAACCAAAGUGCUAAUUAUGGUGGAAGAUGUAAAUGACAAUAGACCCGAAGUGACCAUUACAUCUCUAUUUAGUCCAGUGAGGGAAGAUGCUCUUCAGGGAACAGUUAUCGUUCUUUUCAAUGCACACGACCAAGAUUCUGGGAAGAAUGGUCAGGUUUUCUGUUCCAUCCAGGAGAAUCUGCCUUUUAAAUUAGAAAAUUCAAUAGAAGAUUAUUACAGGUUGUUGACAGCCCAAAUUCUUGAUAGAGAAAAAGCCUCUGAGUAUAACAUCACAGUGACAGCCACAGACAGAGGAAUGCCACCCCUAUCUACGGAAAUUCACAUCACCCUGUAUGUGACUGAUAUCAACGACAAUCCACCUGCCUUUUCUCAAGCCUCCUAUUCUAUCUACCUUCCGGAAAACAACCUCAGAGGCACCUCCAUCUUCUCAGUAACUGCCCAAGACCCUGAUAACAAUGAAAAUGCUAGGGUUACAUACUCCUUGGUGGAGGAUACCAUCCAGGGAGCUCCUCUCUCUUCCUAUGUAUCCAUUAACUCUGAAACUGGUGUGUUGUAUGCACUGAGAUCAUUUGACUAUGAGCAGUUUCGAAAUCUUCCAAUACAGGUAAGGGCAAGUGACAACGGGAACCCACCACUCAGCAGUAACGCAUCACUGAGCCUUUUUGUGCUGGACCAGAAUGAUAACACCCCUGAGAUCCUGUACCCCACCCUCCCCACUGAUGGUUCCACUGGGGUAGAGCUGGCACCCCGCUCUGCAGAGCCUGGAUACCUUGUGACCAAGGUGGUAGCAGUGGACAGAGACUCAGGACAGAAUGCUUGGCUGUCUUACCACCUGCUCAAAGCUAGUGAGGCAGGGCUCUUCUCUGUGGGGCUGCACACAGGUGAGGUGCGUACAGCAAGGGCUCUUCUGGAUAGAGAUGCUAUAAAGCAGAGCCUUGUGGUGGCUGUGCAGGACCAUGGCCAGCCACCUCUCUCAGCCACUGUCACAUUCACUGUGGCUGUGGCUGAGAGUAUCCCCAAUAUCCUGGCUGACCUGGGCAGCAUGGAGAUCCCUGCAGAUUCCAGAGAUUCCGACCUCACGCUCUACCUGGUCGUGGCAGUGGCUGCUGUCUCCUGCGUCUUCCUCACCUUUGUCCUUAUUCUGCUGGGGCUCAAGUUUCGGCGAUGGCAUUCCUUGCAUCUGCUACAGGCUGAAAAUGGUGGGUUGACUGGUCUGCCCACCUCACACUUUGUGGACGUGGAGGGGGUGCAGGCUUUCCUGCAGACCUGUUCCCAGGAGUUUUCUCUCACAGCUGACUCUAGAAAGAGCCACAUUAUCUUUCCCCAACCCAACUAUGCAGACAUGCUCAUCAGCCAGGAGAGCUGUGAGAAAAAGGAGACUUUGUGCCAUUCACUUGAUUCCAAGUUUCCUAUAGAAGACACUCCUUUGGUUCCCAAUUCAAAAGAAGACAGUCUGCAGUUCCAAAUGCAGCCUCUGGGCGCCGCUGUCGGCCAGUGCAGAGCAAGCUCCAACGCCCGGGAUCCCUCAAUCUCUUGCCUGGGAUUUCCUGCGCAGCCACCAACACACAGAAGCAACCCCUCUCACUCCUGGAGAAUACACGCACAGAUUCCCAUCCCCGAAACUGGGCUCCGCCUGUCCUGGACCGAAUACUCUUCCAGCGUGGUAGAUAACUUCCUCUCCCAGCUGCGAAGUGGGGGAUCCAGUGAAAAAACACCCGAGUAA